AUGCCCAGUGUAGUCCCGCCCGGUGAGGGGACAACAGACAACAUGGCGGCGGGGACGGACUGGCCCGGCUUCGGAUACGCGGCGCUCGUGGCGGCCGGCGGGCUGCUCGGAUACGUCAAAGCGGGUAGCGUACCUUCGCUCGCGGCCGGCCUGUUGUUUGGGACUGCGGCAGGAAUCGGUGCCUAUCAGAUCACCCAGAACCCGAAAAACGUCUGGCUGUCACUGGUGGUUUCAGGAACGCUGACCGGAAUAAUGGGAAUGCGGUUCUACAAUUCGAGGAAGUUCAUGCCAGCUGGUUUAGUCGCAGGAUUAAGCAUACUAAUGGUCGGAAGACUUGGAGUAAAAAUGAUGGGAAAACCUCAUGAAUCAUGAAGCUUUGUUUUUUUUAAACAACAAAGUUUUGUAUAAAUGUGCAGGGAUCACUUUGACUUUUGACGUUUAUCAUGCAAGAUGUGAGUACACUAAACUGAAUUUGAAUCUGCAAGAGAUGUUCCAAUAAAUCACCAAAGUCAAAAUUG